CCAAAAAAACCUUGACUUUGUCAUUAUUGUAAAUAUCUAAAGCCACGCUCCCCUCUCUCCAAUAAAUUUGUCUCUUCUCUAUAUACCACAACCACCCCAAGUUCUUCCAACAAACUCAAUCUAAAAAAAAAGAACUCCGCCAUGCUGCCACCUCCCCACGACUCCUCCCGCGGUGGCUCUCUACCCCCACCGUCGAAAUCCAAGGACAAGUUCCUGUCUUUGAUCCUGAAAGCCAUAAUCAUGAUGAUUCUCAUCUCCUUCUUCUUCCUCCUCCUCCCUCUAGCCUCUGGCCUUCUCCUCCUUCCUCUUCUUCUCCGCCACCAGCACCACCGCCAUCGCCGCCACUCUCGUCUCUCAACUGGGUUUUCUGCGAAACAGCUCAAAAAGCUUCCGCAAUUCAAAUUCUCUGAGGGAACAAGAACUGCCCAUUUGGAAUCUGACUCUUGUGUUAUAUGUUUGGAUGGGUUUAAACAAGGGCAGUGGUGUAGGAACCUUGUUAUGUGUGGCCACUUGUUUCAUAGGAAGUGUUUGGAUACUUGGUUAACAAAAGUUGGUGCUUGUCCAAUUUGUAGAACUAGGGUUUGCUCGGAUCACGAGGAUAAAAACAUUUGGGUUUUUGGUAGAAGGAGAACAGAUUUUCAGGGUAUGUUAGAUUUGUAAGUUCUUUCUUGGUUGGAUUUUUUUAAAAGAUUUUUGUAGUUUAUGGAAAUUUUGGAUUUAUCUUAAUGUACAGUUUCUUUUCUCAAUAAUCAUUGUUAAAAUUACUGUAAUUUUGCUGA